AUGGCUCUGCAGAACGGAGUGGUCAGCUCUUCCCCAGUACAGCCAAAGCAGGUCUCCUCUCAGAAAGAGCUCUUAAGCUAUUUGCUUGAAUGUGACGUUAUUUUAUAUAAUAUCACUGAGGAUGCAAACCAAAUCGAGGAAGCAACAUGGGCUGCUUCUGCCCUACAUAUGGAAAUUGAGCAUUUUGCAGCACCAAAAACGUUCAUCCUCAUUUCAACAGUAAUGAGCUGGGCAAAAAGCAACCCCCCCGACCCAGAGGAUUCUGAGAUUCUUACUGAGGACGAUUAUCGUAGAAGAAAACCUCAUCCUAACUUUAUGGAUCACAUAAAUGCUGAAAAACUUGUUCUCAAACUUGGAAAAAAUAACAAACAAGCAUUUUCAACUUAUGUUGUUGCUUCAGGAAUUCAGUAUGGAGCUGGGGAAGGAGUCUUACACUACUUUUUUAAGAUAGGUUGGCUUAGCGAGACUAAUGCAAUACCUGUUUUUGGGAAUGGAAACAAUUAUAUUCCGACCAUUCAUGUUCAUGAUUUAGCAGGGGUGUUACAAAACAUAGCAGACCACAGGCCAAGGUUUCACUACAUACUUGCAGUAGAUGAGUCCUUGCACACUUUUCAAGAAUUAGUAAAGUGUAUCAGUAAAAACGUUGGGCCAGGAAAAAUUGAGAAGAUUCCACAAGAAAAUGCAUUCUUGAGUAAAGAGUUAACACAAACACAUGUGGAUAUGUUACUUGUGAACCUGCGAAUGGAAGCAAUGUUUUUGAAAGAGACUUUCAACAUAAAAUGGGUUGCUCAAACAGGUCUGGUGGAGAACAUUGAACAGAUUGUUGAAGAAUACAAGCAAAGUCGAGGACUUUUGCCUCUUAAAAUUUACAUUCAUGGUCCUCCAGGGGUUGGCAAAUCUACCAUUGCUGAAGAGAUCUGCAAACACUACAAGCUACAUCAUAUUAAGAUUAAAGAUGUGAUUUCCGAAUCAAUAGCAAAACUGGAGAAAAUUGUGGCUCCUAAAGAAGUGGACUCUGACAGUGUGAGACAAGAGGGAGAAGAUGAUGAUGAUGAAGAAGAAGGUGAAAAUGUAGAAGAAGCACAUGAGUUGUUAGCUGGAAUUAAAGAAAGCAUGGAGCAGAAUGCAGGUCGUCUAGAUGAUCAGUAUGUUAUUAAACUCUUUAAAGAUAAGCUCAAAUCUAUGCCUUGUAGAAAUCAAGGGUAUGUUUUGGAUGGGUUUCCGAAGACUUAUGACCAGGCAAGAGAUCUUUUUAACUUGGAAGAAGAAGAAAUUACAAGCAAAAUACCUAAAUAUGAUGAAAUAAUCACACCUGAAUUUGUUAUAUCUUUGACUGCAUCAGAUGAAUUUCUUAAAAACAGAAUAAUAAAUCUGCCAGAAAGUGUUGUUGCUGGAACUCAUUAUACUCAGGACCGGUUUCUGCAAUCUUUGAAUAACUUCAGGGAGAUAAAUGCAGAAGAUGAGACUGUUCUCAACUACUUUGAUGAACUUGAAAUACAUCCUCAGUUUAUUGACGUAGCCAAAUAUGAAGAUCCUGAGAACAGAUUUAUAGUAAAAGAGAUCAUCAAAGAAAUUGGGGAACCACGAAAUUAUGGCUUGACAGAUGAAGAAAAGGAGAGUUUGGAACGUAAAGCAGCUGAGGAAUGUCUUGCCAGAGAAGCUAAAGAAGAAGCUGAACGGAAGCGUAGAGAAGCUGAGGAAAGGGCUGAAAGGAUAGCAAAUUGGGAAGAGUGGAAUAAACAUCUUGAGGAAGUUAAAAAACAAGAACAAGAAUUAUUGGAAGCCCGGUCCAUUCCACUACGAAACUAUUUAAUGAGGCAUGUCAUGCCAACACUUAUGCAAGGGUUAAAUGAAUGCUGUAAGAUCAGACCAGAUGAUCCAGUUGAUUUUCUGGCAGAAUAUCUCUUCAAGAACAAUCCUGAUGUGAAAUGAAAUAGCACUAAAUCCUAACAGCUGUAGAAACUGCUAAAUAGAAAGGGAGAAUGUGCCCAAUGUUAUUUACAGUAAAAAUUCUUAGGCUUAGUUUUGUUCAAACACUGUUUUUAAAAUGUCCACUUUUUUACACUGUUCUAGUAUGUGGCAUUGAGGUUUUUAAUAGUCCUUCUACUGAAAUACUACACAUUGAUUAAUACACAAAUGUGUCUGUAUUUCAUGCAUCAUCUUCCAACUGUGAACCUUAAGAAUAUGUUUUGUUUUUUCUCCUGGAUUUUUUCAGUUACAUAUUGUAUUUAAACAGCGUAUUCCUGCUAUGAUCCAUAAAGGAAGUAAGCAGGGAGCAGGGAUCUUUACACUUUUUUGUAUGUAUGUUUAAGUUCCUAGAUGUUGCCAGCCCGGAUUUCCACCUGAAGCAACUAAAGAUGAAAUAACUAGUUAUUUUAGAAAAAUAUGUAGCUUGAGACUGUAUUUUUUUUUUUUUUAAAGCAAGGGUAAAAAUAAGAUACUGACACACACAAAAAUGUUUUCUGUGUGGAACUGCUAGACAUGCUAUACAUUCAGUACAUGUACUUUCCUAAGAAUAAAUUUUUGAGCAGCUUGUGCAAA